GUUUACCGAACGUAAUAUGGCGUACAAGUUUCGCGAGGAGAUCGUGGGAAAGAGGUUUCUCUCGGUGAGUGGUUUCACCAAGCUGAAGGUGAAUAAAAUUAGUGAGUGGGGUUGGCGUGCGGGGGUGAUACGUGCUGCCAGUCACAGGGAUAACGGCUGUCAUGACCUUCAGAUCCUCGUAGAGUACGACGACGUGGAAUGGCAAAGGAGGGAGUGGCUGUCACCACAUAGGGAUGCCGUAUUUUCCUUCUUUCUCAUUGAAAGAGGUCUCUACUGGGCUGAACGACCUGACCCCAGGCACGCCAGUCUCAUCCCCAUCGAUCAUCAUAAUCACGCGAACAAUAACCACCAUCAGCACCGCAUUAACGGGAAACCGCUCAGGAGCGCCACGGCGGUCGCCGACACCGUUGCUUGGCCAGCUCUUACUUUUUAUCCUCUCGUGGCACGCGCCGAGUUGCACGAAGACGCCAUGCCGAUCGAAUUUAUGCAAGAUCGCAAACUGGACUUCGUCGACUACUCCAAGCUGAAGCCGUUCACUCAGGACUGGGAGCUGACUAAGGGCUCAAUGCCCUGGGGAAACGCCGUUAGAAGAUGGGCCGAGAUGCAAGACGGUCAGAGGAUUCUGUUGACUACGCCCAGUGUUCUGGUCGGUUUCAGGGUCGAAGUUUAUCGGGCGGAAGGCACUACACAAUGGUACACAGCCGUGAUCGUCGGUUACAACGAGUCCACUAAGGAUCUGACUGUUACCGACGAUACGGUCCUCGAAGAUCACAACGAGGAUCCCACAUUAGUACAAAUGCGGCUGAUUGGCGAUGGAGUCGUCGAGAGCAUCAUGAGGGGCGAGGUCGUCGGCAUGACACCAAGGAGGUCGAGGUCAUCGACUGCUCUGACGCACGCGCUCGUUGUGCCACGACCCGGAAGAAGGCCUCGAAGGCGACCAGGAAACGCAGCGCAGUUACAGACAACUCCGAGGGUACAAAGCCCGAUAUCGCAGCAGCUCGAAAAAGAGAAGAACAAUGCCCGUAACAAUCGACGUCGACGCGUGAGCGAAGGUGCCAGUCGCGAGAAAAACGAAAAAGAUUCGGCAGAAUCCACACGGCAACAAGAGGAUCGCGAAAAUAAAAGUCCGCCGUCUAGCAAGGUAAGCAAUCGUGUUGCGCGGCCGGUGUUAGAAGAAGCAAACAGUGCAUCGGGAAGUGCUUCGAAACUACGAAGACGUGGUGCCGCGGUAAAGAGUCCGACCACCGACCAGGCGCCGGCACAGCAUCAAAGACCAGUACGAAGAAGACCGAGGCCAGGAGGUGGCCAAGAAGUCAAGACAGACGCAGAGGGAGAGUCUGUCGAGCAUCAUCAUCGUACCGGAGCGAGAGCCGACAAGGACGAACGCCUCAGUAACAGAUCGGAAGAAGAGGAGGAGGAAGAGGAAGAGGAGGAAGAGCGUCUCGAGGGAGACGAUGAAGAGAGUCAGGAACGCUGCGAUCCACUGACUAAGCGGCUAAGAACAAGCCCCGUCGGCAGAAAGCUCAGAUCGGAGAGUAGUAAGAGCAAAAACACCGAGGAAGCUGCAGCGGAUCGGGCGAGAGGAUCGGUGGUGGAAGUAGAGGAGGGAGAGGACGAGGAGGAAGACGACGACGAGGACGACGUUGAGGAGGAAGCGGGGGCGGAAAAACACGACGGAGCUGAACGAGAGAUCGGUAAACUUGAAGAGGACGAGGAGAGUCAGUCCAGGGAAAGGGAUAGAGAACCCGAGCCACCACCUCCGGACAAAGUCGAUCCCGGAGGCGAUCCAGCUUCCAAGGAGGAGCAACAACCAGAUAACAAAUCAGAAUCAAGACGGGACGCUCGCGCGACCGAUUGGGACGCAGAUAAGGUCGGGAAAAAUAAGGAACAGCAACAGCCACCGCAGUUACUCGUGAAUGGAUUGCAUAUCGAUUCGCCGCUGGUCAGCGAUAAGACGAAUGCCAUUCGCGAGGGUAGUCCGUCUGUGCUGAAGUCGACUCGAUCAAAGACAAAAGGUUUUGCGGAAGAAACCAGAGAGGACGUAGCGGCGGCGGCGGCGGCGGCAGAGGACGAUCGCGACGAAAACGCCAGUGAAGAAGAGGUGAGCUCGCAGCGAUCACGACGCACAGAGCUGACUACCACCGAGUUAGGCACGGAGGAUAGCGUGGGUAGCGUCGGCGGCGUUAGGGCGGCCAGCGUCGAAUCGGUCGUCGAGCUGCUGGAGUCGAGCAGUCAGGACUCAGGCUCCGUGCUGGAGAGGCUGAGUCCGUUUAGUAGCAGCGGCGGCGGCGGCCCCGGCAGGCAAAGCAGCCUGCUCCUGGAACAGCAGCGGGAGCAGGAGCGCAAUCGGCACAACGAAAGCCCGAUUAUCCUUGCCGAGAGACUGAACAAGCCGCCACCGCCGAUCGCCGGUCACCAUCAUCAUCCUCAUAUACAAUCUUACCAUCAGCCGCAUCAUCAGCAACAACAGUUCCAUCAUCACCAUCAACAGCAUCACCAGCAGCGUUACUCCGCCAAUAGUCCGGUGAUCCAUCAUCAUCACCAGCAGCAACAGCAGCAGCAGCAGCAGCAACAGCAGCAGCAGCAGCAGCAGCAGCAGCAACAGCCGCCGUCACAACAUCAUCAUUAUCAGCUAGCGAGCAGUCCUCACCAACAUCAUCACCAUUCCACCGCUCGCCUGACCCCGUCGAGCCUCCUCGAGGUGCAACAACAGUCUCACACAUCGAGGGGUGGCGAUGAGGCCGGCCUCAUGGAAGUGGAGGCCGGGGCCGGUAUACCUGGAACGGGCGUACUCGUCGGUGUGCCUACGGCGGUCGGUGGUAUACGGUCGUCGGGAGGCAGCAGCGGCGCCGCCGGUGUCGCUACUUACGGCGACAGCGGCUCCGACAGCGGGGUAAGCUCGCUGAAGAGCGCCAGUUCUGGCGACGAGAGGAGCGGCAGCAGGAGCUCGGCGCUUAGUGUCGAGGAGACAACAUCCUCCUCGACACCGCUAGCCCCCGCCGCUGCCGCUGUCGCCGCCGCUGCCCCGGCCAGAAUCUGGCACGUGCAGAGCGUGCAACACACGUCCCUAUUGAUGGCGCAUCCGUCCCAGGGCGCGCCCAACGCCGGCGCUAAUGCCGCAGCCACGGCGCCGCCGGUCGGCUACCACAGCCCAGCUCCUCCGAGUCACCAUGCUGCCGAGAUGCUCUGGAGGCAGUCCAGGACCGCCUAUCCGCCGCUCUCUCACACACUCUUAGGCCCACAACCAUCCAGUCCGGAGGAACUGCUUGAAAGAGAGCGCCACGAAAGAAUGCUGCGGGAACGUCGUGAAGUGGAAGCACGCGAGAUGGAGAAGGUCAAAAUGGAACAGGAAAGGCUUGAGAAACAAAGGGCCGAACAGGCGGUUCAUAAGCACUUUGCGGAAUCAUUUAGGCUGGCACAAAAGGUAUCUUAUGUCCCGCAGAGGAACAUGCAGUCGGCCUCGAUGGCUGGAUGGAGCGCUUUCAUGCAGGUACCGCCGCCGAGGACGCACGGGGCGUUGACGGCUCAUCCUCCCGCCAGCCACCACGGUCAUCCCAGCGGUCCACCGGGCGGAUCCGCCACAGCCACCGCCGCCGCCGCGCAUCCCGCCGCCGCGCAGCAGCAGCAACGUGAGGAACGGGAGGCGCGGGAACGCGAGCGGGAGCGGGACUUCCGCGAGCGGGAGCAACGAGAACACCUGGCGGUGGCUGAAAGGCAUCAACGGCAGGCCGAAGCCAGGGAUCACGCCGCGCAGCAAAGGGCCUAUUACGCGGCGGCCGCCGCGGCACCGUCGGCUCAACAGGUUCGACCUUUGAACGUAUCCGGAAAAGUAGAGUACCCGCCACCACCGGCGCACUCACGGACGUCAAAGUCAUCGUUGCAGGUUGCCGGCCUGCAUGAGAAACCGUCGGUGGUUUCGCACAGCUCGUUACCGAAAGCUGAGCCGAACGUGAACUUGUUCAACUAUUCGUCGACGUAUCAGCCACAGCCAUCUUGCACGUCAUAUCUGCAUGAUCUCAAGUUAAAGAACGAGAUAGGACCGCACAAGUCGCUAUCGAACAAAAGCGGAUUGGCCGGCGGCCUCGAGAGGGACCAUCAUGGCAGAGAGGUACUACAAAACCCGCCAUCCUUACUCCCGGAUUAUAAGAGUUCGGUGAUUGUGAAAAACGAGGGCAGGGAGCUACCGAAAACACCGGCACCGCAACAACACUCGUCCAGCCCGAAGAUAAUGCCUUACAUGAACGUCCAGUCGGUGGCGCCGCAGCACAAGUCGUCAGCAUACGAAUACAGAAGUCCAACGCAGAGCCCACAUCACCUGCAUCCCGCGCAUCUGGACGGUCUGCAGGCGAAGAGCAUCGCGACGUCCGCGAGUCACCAUCGAGGCGGCGGAGGCGGCGGGAGCGGUGGCGGUGGAGCGCCGACGACGACGACGCAACUGCCGAGUCCGCACGGUCAUCCGCCGCCACCGCCGCCGGCGCAGCCCGAGCCGCGCCUGCACUCGCACAAUCCCCGUCAAUCCCCGCACGCCCCACCACAGCAUCCGCACCAGCCACCGGCGCCGCCGCAUCCAUCGCCACCUGAACCGCGCUAUCUCAGCAGGCCGGAAUCUGCAGGUCUGCCGUACGGCGCGGCCAAAUCUACGUAUCCGUAUCCGCAUCCGCAUCCGCCCACGGCCUCGUCGACGACGUCGUCGCAUUACGCCGCGCCGCCGCCGGCCGGCUCCAAGCCAAAAGUCAGCAGUCCGGCGCCGCCGCACAUGUACGGCAAGCCUAACUGCGGUAUUACUAAUUGCGGCAUUAUAGCCGGCACGCCGGUCUGCCGUGCCUCCGAAACGCCUGUCGCCGCGCCGAUACCGCUGACCUCGAAGGCCGGCAGCUCGCCUUACCAGCAAGUGCCUCAUCAUCACGGGGCGCCGCCGCCACCGUUGCCGCCACCUGCGCACAGCCGGUCCGUCUACGACAGUCGCUUCCCUGGCUCAUUGCCGGGCGCGAAACUGCCGCCACCGACGUUGCAUGGCUCGCCGCCUACGGCUGCCUCGGCGCCGCUCUCAAGGCCGAUCGCUCAUUCCGCGCAUCUCAAUACCAGCCCACAUCAGCAACCCGUUCAAACGUUGCAGCACGCGCAGCCCCAGAUCACCACGGCCUUCCAGACGCAACCGCUCGAUCUCGGUGUCGAGAGGUCGGGCUCACCGAAGAGGAAAGCACCUACGCCAUUGUUAUGCGACAAUACCAGCGGCCAGCCGGUGUCGUUGGAAGUUUGUAAGAAGCGAAGGACCGAGGAACCACAACCAUUAUCCUUACAAUCUGUUGGUCCCCCUGUUCUAUCCAGGGUGAGCGAGCCCAGUCCGCUUAUCGCUUCAGCCGCUACGUCUAUCACUACAGUUGUCAACACUGCAGCAUUGCUAGCGCAGCCAAACAAUCAGGUAACGCAAGAGCAGCGCACAGUGACAGCGGUAAGUCCGGCUCCGGGUAAUGCCAGCGGUGACGGUUCCGUACGACCCGCUAGCACCGGCAGCGUAUGCUCGUUAAAUCCAACGUCAGUGAGCGCGGCACCAAGUCCGGCGCCCAUUCCUAGCCCGGCACCGUCCACAGCACCCAGCCCAGCGCCCAGUGCGCCCGGCACGCCCGCCAAGACAAACCCCAGCAACACGGACAGUGAAAAAUGUAACAGUCCGGCACCGAGACCUCCUAGCAGCACCAACUAUCCAGUACAUAAAUUGAAAAAGGCGUGGUUGCAAAGACACUCGAGAUGCGAAGACGGCACCGAGAACACUAUCAGUAUGGCCGGCAGCAUUACGUUACCUCUCAACAUCUCUCGUGAGACAACGUCCUCGAAUAGUAAGAACCGCGAAAAUGCGCCGACUACUUGUUUGCCUAGUGCGGUUAAUUCGAUCCACAAUAUCGGUAGCAUGGCAGUAAACAGCAUCAACAAGAGCAAAGUUACUGGCAGGAGUGGCCGAAAACCGGCGAACAAAGAGUCGCUGAACGGUCAUGCCACUGAUACCAGCAAGACUCCACAAGAGGACUCGUCUAGCAGCGACCCGGAGAGGAAGUCGCCGCCUAAACGGAAGCCACCCAAGGUAAAACGAAAGAAGGGCGCCGCACGGAGGCAACAAACGGCCGCGGAAGAUCAGCGGAGGCGGAAAGAGGACAAGCAAGGCGGCGGUGCAGGCAGCGAGUCCAGCAAUGAGAGCGAAGCAGGCUCCAGCGACACUAGCGAACAGUUGAGCUCUAUUCAGCCUGCAUCGAGAGUUCGACACACCACGGCCAAUUCCAACAAUUCCUCGGGAAACGGAAACAACAAGGAACCUAGGAAACGUGGUAGAAGACCAAAGAGUACGAAAAACAAUGACAUGGGAGGCGAGGACCAACAACCCCGUCAGAAGAAGGAACGCAGGGAUGACAGUACGAGCGGCGGUAACAACGGUCCUGGCGGAAGCGGUGGACAGUCCUUUCGUAAACCGACGAUAUCGCAACUGAAAAAAUCCGGUGAAAGCUGGCUGCAGGACGGCGCCUGUUUCGAGGUGGCUACGAAAUUGGCCAAGUGCCGUGAAUGCCGAUGGACGCCAAACCAGCGCUCCAAGAACUCUCAGAAUAUCUUCUGCAGAUUCUACGCAUUUCGCAGACUGCGUUAUACCAAAAACGGACAAUUGGCCAUAGCAGGAUUCAGUGACCCACAUAAAGACGCGUCCGAGGUAAAUUACGAAGAGCAACAUGGUCAACACUUACACAUUGAUGAUCUUCGAUUAUGGUUACCAGGAGGAGAUAACCAAAAGACAACAGGAAAGAAUGACAAAUCCGAGAAGAACGAGAAGGACAAAGGAGAUCGAGAGGACCUAGACUUAGAAACGGCUCAUCGGCUACUUUGGCAAGUUGGCGAUCAAUUCUGUGAUCUUUUACAUCAAGAGAAGAAUGCCCUCCAAGAACAUAUGGCUGAAGCGAGUUCGGGGGUUGUAGACGGAACAGUAGCGUGGAAACGAGUGAUCCUGGGUGUUCGAGAAAUGUGCGACGUGUGCGAGACUACCUUGUUCAAUGUCCAUUGGGCCUGUGGCAAAUGUGGCUUUGUCGUGUGCAUUGAUUGUUAUAAGGGACGUAAAAAUGGAACAGUCAAAAUCUGGGGCGAGAGUGGAAAAGACAGGGACGACUUUUCGUGGCUUCUAUGCACGAAUAGGCAAGUGCACGAACCGGAACGACUCAUGCUUACGCAAAUCAUCGCCGGCGACAGUCUUCUGCGACUGGGCCAACGUCUACACGAAUGUCGUGCAGAAUGGGGAAUUCCGCAACAUUGUGCUUGCUCCCUCGUAACUCCGACACAACCAAACGAGAUCCUUCGAAAUCUGAUCAAAGGUGAUUCUGUGCCCGUUCUCAAUGGAAAUGUGAAACAGGAAAUAAAAGAAGAGAAGAAGAUAAAUGAAUCUAACGGUGCAUCAGAGAGCAAAACUAACGGCGAGGACAAAAACUCACCGCUGAACUGGUUGGCCGAUGUAGCACUACAGAAUCAGGACAAAAACGAUAGCGGCUCAGACUCGGACUCGGAUGAUGAUCGCGAAGGUAAUUACUCGACAUUGCGGGAAUUGCUCAUAAGGCCAUCGCACAAGUCAAACGGGAGCGGCGGAUCCAGAUCGAAUUCACCUACGAACAAUUCGAGUGGUGUGAAUAACACCCCGCAGAAUAACGUCGCCAAAUCUGGCAAAAAGUCGAAAAUGGAUACACUUGAUGAAGUAAUAUCCAGUGUGAUCGAACACAGUGUGAAAAAGGAAAAGGACAGUGGUCUCGAUGAUGAAAAGCCACGGGAAUUGAAACACUUCGUACGACGUUACAAGUGGACACAGCGUGGUCGUGAGCCGUUACCAAUCAGAAUUAUGACGGGUACAGAGAGUCGGAGUCUUUAUCCAGACGUGCCACACUCUUGGCUCUGCGACGGCAAGUUGCUGAGGUUAAGCGACCCGAAUAAUCCAAACAACUACAGAAUAUUUCAGGAUCAGUGGAAGCGAGGACAACCGGUAAUUGUGUCGGACGUCGCCAAGGCGUUGGACAUGAAGCUCUGGCAUCCUGAUUCAUUCGCCCGCGAUUUCGGAGAUGAGAAGAACGAUCUCGUUAACUGUAUGACCGGCAAUCUAGUGCCGAAUCAACCAAUGCGCAAGUUCUGGGAAGGAUUUGAGUACUAUUCUAAGCGGCUUAAGGACGAGCGAGGAAAUCCUAUGCUAUUGAAAUUGAAGGAUUGGCCACCUGGUGAUGAUUUCGCCGAAUUAUUACCAUCGAGAUUCACGGAUCUGAUGAAGGUUCUUCCAUUGUCCGAGUACACGCAUAGAAAUGGCAGGCUAAAUUUGGCGAGUCGUCUACCUAAUUGCUUCGUGAGACCGGAUCUGGGUCCAAAGAUGUAUAAUGCUUACGGUUCUGCUCUUCAUUCCAACAAAGGCACGACUAAUCUUCAUCUUGAUAUCUCGGACGCCGUGAACGUUAUGGUAUACGUAGGAAUGCCAAAGGAUGUUAAUGACGAAGAAAGUCUCAAAGCUAGGACAGAGGCGUUGAGAGCGAUAGACGAAGCAGGCUGUGAUAUUCUGACGCGUCGACGUGCUCGCGAAGAGAAGGAGAAUGUGCCUGGUGCUCUGUGGCAUAUUUACGCAGCGCGUGACGCAGACAAAAUUCGAGAUCUUCUGAAUGCCGUUGCCUUAGAACGCGGAGCUCGUUUGGAACCUCAUCACGAUCCUAUACAUGAUCAAAGUUGUUAUUUAGAUGGGCCAUUGCGGGAGCGAUUGUAUCGAGAAUAUGGUGUUGAAGGGUACGCUAUCGUCCAAUGUCUAGGCGAUGCAGUAUUUGUUCCAGCUGGCGCGCCACAUCAGGUCCGUAAUCUCCAAAAUUGUAUAAAGGUGGCCGAGGACUUUGUGUCGCCGGAGAAUGUGUCGCAUUGCUUCCAUCUGACCCAGGAAUUCCGUGCACUAUCCGAUACCCAUACGAAUCAUGAGGAUAAGCUUCAAAUCAAGAAUAUUAUUUAUCAUGCCGUGAAAGAUUCUCUGACCGUUUUAGCCAAUGUUAAGGAGGAUACUCUCGCUAAACUCGCCAAGGCUAAUAAUGAAACGAAAACAAAGGAGGAGACUUAGCCUUAGGUCUUCCCUGUAUGGUCAUAAGACCGAUUGAUAAUCCCCUUGAUUGGAUCUCGUCGUUUGUACGAGAUUGAUCGCAGUCAGCGCUUCCGGAUACAGCGAAGUUGGCACUCCCGGAAGAAUCUGCAGAAGAAGAAGACCGCCUUUGCAAAAAGAUCGUUGCGGAGGUGCGAGAAUUUGUUGUGAUAUUUGUGAAGAUUUAAUGAUUUUAAUCGAAGGAUUUUGAUUUGCGAUAUUGGCUGAGCCAAUGAACAUUAGUUAUAUAUUGUUUCAUUCGAAUUCUCUUAUAUACAAUUCUUUUUUGCUCUCCCAUUUUCCGCGAGAAAAGGUGCCCGCGGACAUGAAGUCCGAUGAGCUGCUCUUACGAGUGAAAACAAAAUCCGUAGCUCGGAUCGCGCAUAGAUAAAACGCCGCGUCCAUUACUAUUGUGAUAUAAGAAGGACUUUGGAUCGUAUACAUUUAUUUGUAAUUAAUUAUAUCGUGCCUGUAUCCAAUACAUACACUCAUUCACACAUACACAUACACACACAUACACUUGUCUAUAUUAUAUAAAUGUAGAUAAUUGAAAUAUUGUGUAAUAAUUUUUGCUAGCAACUACCAGAGAGAAAGAGGGAGAGAAAGGGAGGUUCGUCUAGAAGUACCUUUGUGCAAUUAGGUGUGACUAUAAAUUAUUAUAGCUGGAUCACAGCGGAUAACUGUGGAUCCAUUUAAUCGUCUGCUCUGAGAUCUGGUGCUUUUCGGUAUUUGAUCAAAACCCCGGCCGAGAAAUAGCCGAUACGUAUUCGCGUUCAUGUCUUCUAGGUUUCACGCAAUAAGGGCGUAAAAAAUAAAAAACACUGCCUAACUAAUCGGUUCGACGACAAUGGAAGAAACAGACCUUUCUCGCAUUUCUCUUUUUGUUUAAGUAAACAUUUUGUAGAACAACGUUCACAGAAUAAUGUUCUUGUAGAGAUGCAUUGUGUUUUUAUGGCGACGUAUGUAUCGGUUAUAUGAGCAAUGGGGUGAACUGCAAAUUUUGUAUGUCACUUCGAGUAUAAGGCAUCAGAACUAAAAAAAAUAAAAAAAUAAAAAUAUUAUAACAACUUGUCCGAUAUUAACUUUUCAAGAUGUAACGGCGAAUGUGAAACACUGUUGAAUUGAACGUUUCAUUGUUGUCGUAACCCAAUGACUACCCGGCGUGUAACGGACGGGAAAAUACUAAUAAAUGAAUAUGUUAUUUUUGUCAAAGCAUAUACAAACCGUCUAUGUCGGACGAUAAAACGAAAAGACAGCGAUAAUGUAAUUGUAACGAGAUGCUGAGACGCUAAAUAAAGAUAAAAUUAUUUGCAGUAACAUUUAAAGGAAAAAAAGAAAGGAUAAAAAAAGGAUGACUUUCGAAGUGCCAAUGUUGAACCAUGUGGGACGUUAAGUAUGCGCGCGUUGUAUUGUAUUCGUGUAUGCGUAGGUAAAAAAAGAGAAAGAAAAGAACGAAGAAAAGAGAAUUAAUUAGUCACGCAGAAUUCACAGAGAUGACAGGGCCGAGUUCCUAUCAUUUCGUGACAGUUCGUGCGAACGACAAUAUUCCGCGCUAAUCGGACUGUCACUGACGAUUCGAAAACUGCUGUCACUUCUGUUUCUUUUUCUCCUUUUCGCUGAAAUUUGUUCUGAUGGACGUGGCAUAAGCGUAAAUAUGUAUAUGAAAACGACGAAACUUUCCGAGAUCAAUGUUCACACUUAUAACUUGCGAUACUGCAAGACACAGCAGCUCUCGAAUCGAACAUAACAUCAUUACGCAUUAUUUUUGCGCCGAUUAUCAGAUAAUCAUCGACGAGUAAUCUUGAUACAGUGUAAAAAAAAGAAAGAGCGAACGGAAGAGAAGAAAAAGAACAAAAAAAGAUCACUGGCAUCCUGGAAUCCGCAAUUUCUUUGAUCUCAACAUUCGUCUAGCAUACAACGACUUGAUUAAUAUUUAAUGAGUAAAUUUUUAAAAUAUCUUAGUGUUGAUAGAUAACGAUUGUGGGAAUUAUAUAAGCUACAAACAAGCAAAAAGUACUAACUCCACAACGGCGGUGUUGUAUAAAGUUCUAGGAAGACGUAUUUCUGUGUAUUAUUGCUGCAAAAUGAGACGCUAUUGUUUGUCCUCUUGCUACGUGUAUAUGUACAUACAUUUAUAUACAUCCGUAUAUGUAUACAGAUAUAAAUACGAAGACGGGAAGAAUGUCUAGGACUCGUAAUGAUAGGAAGAUAUGCAAACCUUUACGAAACACGAGAAGAUACACCUUACACGCGUAGAUAGAUAGUUUAUUAUACCAUUAUUAUAAUUAUUAUAUAUUAUCAUUAUUACGUUUAAUUAUUACGGAAAAUACGAUAUUUAAAUGUUGCUGAAUAUGAGAACGACAAACAUGAACGCGCGCGAGUGUAAAUGAUUUAAAAGAGGGAAAAAAAGAAAGAAAGAAAGAAUAUCGGAACAGUAACGCAGAGUAGACAAAUGAGAAAGUGAGCGAGAAAGAUAGAGUGUGAAUGAAUGGAAGAGAGAAUUAAGGGUAUAAUUGAUUGUGUGUGCGUAUGCGUGGUGGCGAUCCAGUGAAAAUGCGACAGAAUGAGAGAACGAGGGGCCGUGUAUUGGGGGCGGAGUGGAAUGGACAGUAUCUAAAAUGAUGUACAGACCUUCGACCUCCCGCAAGAUGUGUGUAUAUCCAAUCCCCAAGAGA